GUCAAUAUCCCACUAUUGUAAUGUAUUGUGUUUCUGGGUUUGCACAAUAGAAGAGUGGUGCUUGUGCCUGAGAAAUCAUGUUCAACUUCAGAUGCAUCCAGAAGUUACUACAGUACCUGAAAUUUUUUAUUUUUUUAAUUAUCGAGAACACCUUCUCUGUAUUUUCUCUACGCAAAAAAUAUUUUGCUGGUGAAAUAGUACUUAUUACUGGCUCUGCAAAUGGAAUUGGAAGGCAGGUUGCCUUAAAAUUGGCUCCUUUGGGAGUAACCUUGGUUCUGUGGGACAUCGAUGAUGAAGGUAACAAAGAAACAAGCAGAUUAGCCCAACAAAAUGGAGCCAACCAGGUGUUUGUCUACCACUGUGACUGUAGCAGGAGGGAGGAUGUCUAUGAACAGGCAGACAAGGUUAGAAAAGAAGUUGGAGAUGUUACUAUUCUAAUCAAUAACGCUGGCAUAUUGAUUGGGAAAAAGUUCUGUGACCUUACAGAUGAAGACUUUGAAAAGACCUUCAGAGUCAACUUCUUUUCUCAAGUCUGGACUUGCAAGGCCUUUCUUCCAGCCAUGGUGGCCCGUAACCGUGGGCACCUGGUUAGCACAGCCAGUGGAGCUGGAUUGCUGGGACUCUACAUGCAGUCAGAUUAUUCGGCAAGUAAGAGUGCAAUCAUUGGAAUGAUGGAAGCCAUACAAUCAGAACUGUAUCAUGGAGGAAAACGUGGCAUUAAAACGACAAUCAUUUGCCCUUAUUUUAUUAGUACUAGGUUAAGCAAAGGCUUUAAAAGCGCAAAACCCUGUUUGUUUCCUGUUUAUGAUCCAGAGUAUGCAGCCAGCAGGAUUGUGGAUGCAAUUAAAAAGGAGAAAUUUUAUCUGAUCAUGCCCCCAGCUGUAUACGGACUUGGUCUCAAAAUUUUCGUUCCUAGAAAAGUAGUGCUAUUCCUCGAGUCUUACGUUAAGUUCCCUGAGAGCAUGGAAAAAGCCUUCGGUCAGAAGAAAAAGGAUUGAAACAAAAAGUAUUCUGAAGACCUCAAGUGCUAUCUAAUUGAACAUUUUUAGUUAAAAAAUCAUUUUAAAUCCUAUUUAUUCCUUGACAAAUAAUUCACUU